AUGCCAGUCUUACCACGGUCCACACUGGACGUGUUUUCCCUUGCCAAUCCCGAGCAGAGCAAAGAGCUCUCCCUCGUGGGUGGGCCAAGCUUCACCGGGGAUGGCGUCGGAUCGGAAAUGAUCCAGGUAAGCAUCCAAAGCCUGCUCACAGGAGGCAAGCCCCAUUCACGACAUCCCCGCACACCUUCGCGCAGCUCUUGCCCUGGCUUGUAGGCACGAUUCUCUCCGUCUUUGGUGAGUAAGCGCAUGCCUGUCCGACAGCCUCCCGCGUUGCUUGACCGCUCAUGCACCCCACGACGAUUUUCCCAGCGCUGGGCGCCCUCGUGCCGAUGACGGUCUCAUACCUGCGCGGUUCCGCAGGCAAUGACAGCUGGAAGCUGCGAUGCUCCAUCAUGACCUUGCUGCUCAUAAAUCUGGCACAGAUGCUCAUCGACGUCUCGCGUUCUUACCGCAUCACCAUUCUCCACCCCCUUGCUGGCACAGACGCAGCCAUUCGUUCGGCCUCUGCGUAUCUGGACGCCAGCGGCGACCGACAAGAAGACUGCAUCUCAUUCUUCCUUGGAGCCGUCGCUCUCUCUGGAGCUCAAUACUGGCUCGCUCGAAGGUCCAAUGCGCUCUUCUUUGCUCGCAGUUCGAAGCCCAGCUCCAAGCGUAAGCUCAUCACGUUUAUCAUCGUCUUCAGCUGCGCGCUUGGCGUCGCUACUGCCGCUUCGUUGAAGGUGAGCUGUGCAGGGUCCACCUACCUGCUCUACAUCGCACUGACGUGUGAAUCAAUUCUUCACAUUAGCUCAUCAACUCGUACGCUCAAGCACUUGGCACGUGGUCGUGGGCUGCCGUGCUCCUCCUCUGCUGGCUGAUCCUGAACAUGGUGCGCAUACACUCUCCCUCGCACGCGUAGCGUCAAGGCUGACCACCCUCGACAACUCUCUGCUUUCCAAAGCUCAUCGAUAUGUUCAUCUGCUACACUCUGUCACGGGAACUGCACAAGGCUACUUCAGUGGUGAGCCACGUUUCCUGCCACCGUGACCUUGCGGCUCGCUGAGCAGUCAGUAAGGGCGCAGGUCGAACAGCAGGCACCUCUUCAGACUCUCAACGGUUUGCUUUGGGCCGCUCUGCUCUCCGGCUCCGUCCUGGUAGUGUGAGUGGUGGCCUUGCGGGCCGUGUCCAUCGUGCCCUAUGUGUCUAAGCUGAGUCUGACAACAUCGCCACGAAGCAGGAUGUACGCCGUGUCCAUCGGCUUGCUCGUCGCGCGGUCAGUAGACGACGCGGAUUUCGUCCAUGUCAUUGCGAUCUGGGGUGGCUGACCUUAUGUUCUUUGCCAUCCUCAUUUUUUCAAGUGUUGGAGCGUGGGCCUGGGUCCUCGUGCGUGUCUUCUCCCGUCUGCAUUUGCUGAAGCAACAAAGCCUUCGCUCUAAAUUGACUUUCCUGUGCUUCGCAGAUCGUCUUGAUCCCCAAAAUUACCUUGAUCGCUCUCGUCUUUGGUCUUGCGCUGCGAAGGGAGGUUUCUGGUCGGCCUGCUUGUCACAUCCCCUCGUCCCAGCACUCAUGCUGGAUUGGAGCGUCGGUAAGGGCUCGCAGCAGCAAGCCUUUCAGCGGUCAGAAUCACCUUGCAGCCCAGCCACCGAGCAUUUCAUCUAUAUAUGAGCGCUCCGUGAGUGGACAAAGUUUGCUUCGUCAAAAUUGCCACCUAUUCAAGUCGUGCUUUCAUACUGAGUCCUUGCGAAUUGGUAUACAAUAUGGCUCCUCCAGGUGGACGAUGGUAGCCCCGCACCGCACGGUCGUGAGACACCUUUGAAUAGCCCCACGCUACACGAAGGUUCCGAGGGACACUCUGAAAAAUUCAAGCGCAUGUCAGUGUUCAGCAAAAUAGGGUCUCCAGUACUCCGCACGACUUCGCCAGAGUCUCUGAGGCGGGCACCGUCUUUGGGACGCACGCAUACCAAUGACCAGACGCAACAUUUUGCCUUGCGCCGUCGCUUGGCUGAAGACGACUCGAUGCACCCAUCCCCCGUACGUGCUACUGCAUCGCGUGGCUUCAGUAAUCCUUUUCGGGCAUCGCGUAGCUUGCUUGAGGGCAUGAACUCGGCACUUUCUGAACGCAGUCAGCAGACUGACAGAUACACGCGAGCGAGGAGCAGAACUCUUCCCGCUGACGACUUUCACGCACAGUCGAUGUGGCCAUCGGCAUUAGCUUUCCGUCCUUUCACCGCCGAAAGUCGCGCAACGGUUCAGACGAAUGGAACUGCGAGGUCGAGUCGGCUUGAUUCGCUCUUCGAUGCAUCGCUCGACCUCGACCGAGGCCGUGAGGGUGGCCUCAGACUCAGCUCUAGGCCCAACACGCGAGAAUCUGCAAAGGAUUUGCGCCCCCUCGAGCACGACACCGACGAUCCAAGAGAGUACCUAUCUGCAAGUUCGAGGAUAAGCGCUGCGUCUGGCACGAAUCACGUAGUCCGGCCAGGCGCUUGGGCUGACUGGGCUCACACGACCAAUCGCGUGAGACCGGUCACCUCGGUCACGUUUGCCGACUCGAAUCCCUCAACUCUCCAUCCUGCCCCUCGUAAUUCUCCUAGACAGACUCGUUCGGCCGGUGGAAAUCAGACGCUGGAUCUGGAUGGGGGCAAUCCUUUGCUAAGCGCUCUGAAGUCAUUGCCGGACAGGCAAGCAUCUUCAUCUCGAGCAAUUGAAGUCUCGGAGCGUCUACCCUCCCUUGGAGCAGGCGACUUUGACUCGCGAAUGGCCAGCCCAGGCCACGUCCAUCCAGCGCCGGACGUCAUGCCAGGGUCGAGGCAAGCGGAAGCCUACCUGCGACGUGAAAUAGGCUUUAAUGAAACAGCAGGAGGUGACGUCGAGGCUGGACAGGAGGGAGCAACAUUGUGUGGCACCCCAAAGGUCUGCCAACCGCUCAGCGUCUUGAAGCCAAGUGAAGUUGAGCACACCAGCCCUUCGCCAGAUCUUUCUGCCGCUCACACGAAUCAUGCCUUCUGGAGCAGCAGCCCUCUUGACCCUCCUCAGUUCCCACUGCUACGGACAGUCUCUUCCACCUCAACGUUUGGUGGACAUCAUGAUGAGGAAGUGCAAGGCCCGAUAGUCCACACUCAGCCGUCCGGGGGAUCUGCGGAGAGCGUUUCCAUCUACUCGAUGAGGUCUUCGCGUGCACCAGCUCCACACCUCCAGCCCGAACAGUUGAAGCGCCUGACCCCUUUCAAGCCGUCGGGCAUCGCUGGCCGGGUCUAG